UGGCUUCUUUUAAGAAUCGUAUUCAAGAUGAUGUUACUUCGAUUGACUACUGUUGGCGGUUAGUGCUUGGAAUAGGUGCGCUUCCCGGCUUAGUGGCUCUCUACUUUCGUCUUACGGUCCCAGAAUCUCCACGAUACACAAUGGAUAUAGAGCGUGAUAUUAACCAAGCGAGCAAAGAUAUCACAACCGUAUUGAGUACCGGUAAAUACAAGGAACGUGAAGUCGAUGAACCAGUCGUGCGAAUCGACGUACCAAAAUCAAGUUGGGCUGAUUUCGGGAAAUAUUUUGGAAAGUGGAAAAACGGCCAAAUUUUAGUUGGUACUUCGGUGUCAUGGUUUGCGCUAGACGUUGCAUUCUACGGAAUCGGUCUCAACAACUCAAUCAUAUUGAAUGCCAUUGGCUUUUCGAACGAUCCCGAUCCUUAUACUUCACUUAAAAAUAUUGCGGUUGGUAACAUUAUUAUCUCCGCUAUGGGUACUGUUCCUGGAUAUUGGUUUACCGUAUUAUUUGUAGACAGAUGGGGUAGAAAAACUAUUCAAUUGAUGGGAUUUACUAUUCUCACUAUACUCUUUAUUGUCGUGGGUGCCGCCUAUCAUCAAAUUAAAGAUGCCUCCAUAGCUUUGUUCAUCGUCUUUUUUACAUUAUUACAGUUCUUCCAAAACUUUGGUCCCAACACAACCACAUUCAUAGUACCAGGAGAAGUUUUCCCGACGCGUUACCGAUCAACCGGUCAUGGCAUUUCGGCGGCAUCCGGAAAACUUGGCGCCAUUAUUGCACAAGUUGGAUUCUCGAAAUUGAAAGAUAUUGGUGGAAAGAAUGAAUUUGUACCGCAACUGCUCUUAAUCUUUUCCGCAUGGAUGUUUAUCGGUUUACUGUCAUCAUUGUUAAUACCAGAAACAAAAGG